UCUGCACCAGACAUCUCUCCUCUCUCCUUCCUUCUUCUUCUUCUUCUUCUCUCAACUUCUUUCUCUCACCUUCUUUUUCCAUGGAAACAGAUCUGCAGGCGGCGCGGCGGCGAGGCGGCGAGGCGCGGCGGCGGGGCGCGGCGCAGGGGAGGAGGAGGUCGCCGUUGGAUCCACCGCCAGUACCAGAUGCGCCGCUGCCUCUUGCAUGCCCGGCUCGGAGUCAGAAGAGGGCGGACGAAGUUGUUCUUCUUCGUCGUCGUUGUCGUCUCCGUCGUCGCGACGGCGAUCCGUCUCCCGCCGGCGGACCAGGAGGGGGAGCGGAGGAGGCAGGGUGUCUGUGGAGGUGAGGUGAAGUUGUGGAUGGUUGCUGGGCGAGGGAUGGUCGCGGGGAGAGGGAAAGGAGGAGGAGAAGGGUGGAAGAGGCGUGAAGGAAACGGUGGUGAAGGGAGGAAGCAGCCAUUGUUGUUUUUGUGGGUCGGUUUACUUUUAAGUUGUGGGUCGGGUUACUUUCCACCAAUUUAUUCAUCCUCUUUUUUUACAUUUUUCGGUUGUGGGUCGGUCGGCCGGUUAACCUCGGUUAACCGCCUUCGGUUACUCGGCUAACCGGAGAACCCUUCAGGCUUGCCGAACACCGACCGAGACUCAUACCGACCGGUUUUCGGUUAGUGACUAACCGGCGGUUAGCGGUUAAACCCGCCGGUUAGCCGCUAACCGGAAACCGAUCUGCCACCCCUAGUGGCA